AUGUUGCAAGAACAUUUCACACUCAACACUGGUGCCAAGAUCCCUGCCGUGGGCUUCGGUACUUGGCAAGCCGCUCCUCACGAGGUCGAAAGAGCUGUCGAGGAGGCGUUGAAGCAAGGCUACCGUCACAUCGACUGCGCUGCCAUCUACCGCAAUGAGAACGAAGUAGGAGCUGGAAUCAAANAGUCUGGAGUCCCGCGUAAAGACAUCUUCAUCACAGGCAAACUAUGGAACACGAAGCACCGACCCGAGGACGUUGAGGCUGCCCUCGACAAAAGUCUCAAGGACCUUGAGACCGAUUACCUGGAUCUUUUUUUGAUGCACUGGCCAGUCGCAUUCGUCCCUGGAGACAAGUUCUUUCCCUUGGAUGAGCGAGGUGUGUUCGAGCUUGAUAACAUCGACCCGGCAGAAACAUAUAAAGCUAUGGAGAAGCUUCUCCAGACUGGCAAAGUCAAGGCUAUCGGAGUCUCGAACUUCACGAUUGGAAAGCUCCAGGAUCUCCUGAGCAAGACAUCCGUUGUCCCUGCCGCCAACCAGAUUGAAGCCCAUCCUUAUCUGCAACAACCUGAUCUGCUCAAAUUCUGUCAAGACAAAGGGAUGCUUGUCGAAGCUUAUUCUCCACUCGGUAACAAUCAGACCGGCGAGCCACGCACAGUCGACGAUGCUCAAGUGCACGAGGUCGGAAAAGAGCUUGGCAUGGACCCUGGUGUGGUUCUUGGUAGCUGGGGAGUCCAAAGAGGCACUGUCGUUCUGCCAAAGAGUGUUACGCCUCACAGAAUUGCUUCGAAUCUGAAGGUAAAAGAGCUGCCGGCUGAGGGAUUUGCCAAGCUCAAUGCACUGGAGAGACAUAAGCGUUUUAACUUCCCAGCCCGAUGGGGAUACGACAUCUUUGGAGAGAAGGGUGACGAAGCAGUCAAGAAGAUUGCACAGGAGGCUGGAGAAGAGAACAAAACAAAAUUUGUAGUCUAG